AUGAUAUAUGAUAGAGAAAUAGAUAUUUUAUUAGCUUUUGAUAUAGAAGGUAAUAUACUUAUAUUGAAAUUUAAAAGUCUUACAUUAGUUAAAAAAGUUCCUUCAAUAACUAAAACAUAAAUAUUAAAUCCUUAUUUAGAUAUAAGUAAAAAUUUGAUAAUUGGAUUUUCAUCAGAUAAAGUAAUAUCUCUUGAUUAUAAUUCUUUGUUAAUUGACCAGUAUAAUGCUUAUGUAUAUAAAUAAACUUCAAUAAGCACUUUUUAUUUUGAAGAAGAAAAAAAUAAUAUUUACUUUUUAAGAAAUGAUGGAUAUUUAUAUUUAUGGGAUAUGUAAUAGCUAUAAUUCGAAUACCUAACUUAUUUACCGAAUAUUUAUACUGUCAAUUCUAAGCUAUACUAUUUUUAAAAUUAGCAGUUGCUAUUAAUUAUAACAACUAUUAAAACUUUAGUAUAUAAUAUAAAAUUGAAAACACUUACCAAUACUUAUAUGUAAGGCUGCCAAUCGUCUAGCUAAAUUUCUUAAUUUAUUAUCUGCGCUUAAGGUUUUUAAAUUUAAAUGAUAUCAAUAAAUACAGAAAAUAAAUUAGAUUUUAUUGAUAUAAAUUAAGGUAAACUUUUUAUUUUUUCUAAAGUUUUCAAAAUAAAUUUUUAAUUAGUAUUUAAAGCAAUCAUUAAAAUAUUUAAUUUUUUUGAAUAAAAAAUUUUUUUAUUAAUUAGUCUGAAUAAAACUUUUCUUUUUAAUAAAUAUAUAGGUAAAACAUCACAUAAUUUUAUAGCAAUUCAGGGCUCUAAUCAAUAAAUAGUUGCAUACUAUCGCUCAAAAGAAAAUAGCUUAAUUAUUUACAAUCCAAACACAUAAAAAGAGAUACAAAACUAUUAAAAUUAUCACUAAAGUAAUAUAAAAGCUUUAAUUAUCAAAAAAUAAUAUGUUUUAACAUUUGAGCUAGCAGGAAUACUUAAAAUAGCAUUCGGUAACUCAUUUUAGUAUAUUUAUUAAUUAGAUCAGUUCAAAAACACUUAAAUAGAUAAUUUAGAAAGUUUUUCUAAUGACAUAUUUUAUAUAAAAACAAAUUAAUAAAUUUUUCCUUAUAAAAUAUCAUUUAUAGAUGAUAAAAUAAAAAUAAUAAAUGCUAGUCCUGUUAAUAUUAAUUGCAAGGCAUCAAGUAUUAAAUUUUCUAAUAAUGGUAGUGAUUUACUUGUAGUAUUAUGCUCAAAUGACUUAAUUUAUACAUUUUUAGUUAUAGAUUAAGAAACAAAGUUUGCUUUUAAGUAAGUAUAAUAAUUUAGAAAACUAAUGCUGCAAGACUCAUUUAUAUAGUCUUUAUUUUUUAUUGAUUAACACAUGCUAGCUUUGGAAUAUUAAAAUCGUUAAAUAAUUAUUUUCUUGAAUGAUGACUAUACGAUAAAAAAGAUUGGUAAAAAUGAAGUCAUUGAAUAGGAAGAUUUUAAUAUCAUUAAAAUUAAGUAUAAAAAUAACAAUUUACACUCAUUAAUAUAUUAUGAUGUUAAAGGAAUCAAAAAUAUAGUUUUUCCUCUUUUAGCAUAAGCAAAAAAUUAUUCGUAGUAUAGUUCUUGCUAGUAUGUUAACUAAUUUAGAACACCAACAUAAAUAAAUAAUAUGUUUAAGUCAAUUUAGGACUCUUAUGAUUUCUUUAAAUGUUACUUAGUUAUUCUAAAUUUUAAUAUCACUCUGAAUUUAUAAGAAUAAUCUUAUUUUAAUUCUGGUAUAGAAUUCUCAUAUUAGGGCAUUACUAAUUUAACUAUAAGAGGUUAAGUAGAUAGUCAAGGGUAAUUUCAAUCAAUAGCAUCAUUAUCCAAAGAUUUUAUCAAAUAAGGAAGUAAAUAUAAUCAACUGGCGUUUUAUAAUUUAAAAAUAGAAAAUAUUUAAAACAAUUCUGAUGAAUAUUUUACCUUUGAAAAUUUUUAAAAUUUAAUUAUGCAAAACAUUUAUUUUGAUAAUUAUUAGGCAAUAAAACUUUUUAAAAUUUCGUUUGUCUAAAUUUACCGCUUAAUUUUAAAAGAUUGGAAAAUAUUAAACUAAGAGAUAGAUCUAUAAAAUACUAGUUAUUUGGAGUUUGUAAAUAAUUAUGAAUUGUAAAUAGAAAAUAUGCUGAUUUAAAAGUGCACAAUAUCAGGAUAAAUAGAAGAAAGUUUAUUUGAAAUUAUUAAUUCAAAUAAUAUAAUAAUUUAAAACUUAACAUUAGAUUCUAAUAAUAUAUUGAAAAGUAAGUUCUUUAAGGUAACUUAUGCAUAUAAUGUUUUAAUGAAUAAAGUAUUGAUCUAAAAUAAUGUUAAAUAGUAACUUAAGAAAAAAAAUUAAAUUUAGAUAUACAUCUAAUCAGUUUUUGAAAUCCAACAUGUUAGAACAACAAGAAUAGAAAAUGGUUUUUUUAUUAGCAAUAAAGAUGUUUAAUUUAUUGACUAUCAUAACACUAUUAGUUAUACUGAUAGAAAUUAAAACGAGAUAAUAAGUAAACAAAAAGAUGAUUAAAUAAUAAUCAAUAAGUUUGAUUUUAUUGACAAUACAUCAUAAAAUCCAAUAGUUUAGAUAUAAUCUUAGUCAAUUCUAUUCGAAGAAGUUUAAAUUCUUUAAAAUAAGAUGUAAUAAUGCUUAUUUUUAGAUUUAAGACACUCUAUAGCAGUUUUUAAAAACAUUACAGUAAGUGAAAACAGCAGUAAAAAUAAUUUGUUACUGAUUUAAGAUAGUUAAAUAACAAUUUAAUUUUCUAAAUUUUUAAGUAAUAAACAAAAUCAUAGCUUAUUAUAAGUAAUAUCAUCAAAUAUUACUUAAAUCAAUUCUGAAUUUAUAUAAAAUGUUUCAAAAGAGGAUGGUGGAGCAUUCAACAUAUAAAAUACUGAAAAUGAAACUGUUGAAUUUAGAAAUAAUAUUUUCAAGCUAAAUAAGGCUAAAGGAUCAGGAGGUGCUAUUUACUCAAUUUGUUAUUAAUUUGUACUAGAAAGUAACACAUUUCAAGGGAAUCAAGCUGGAAUAGGAGGUGCUAUUAGAUAUCAAAAAUACAUACCUACUUAUAUAUAAUAAAGAGAUGAAAUAAAAUAAUAAAAUCCGUAAAAAUAAGUUGAUAGUUGUGGUACCUAUUCAAAUAAUAUUUGUGAAAACAACAAAGGUUUGGUUUUUGGUAUGAAUAUAGGCUCUUAUCCUAGGGAUGCCUUAAUAGUAUACAUGGGUAAAAAAUUUAAGUUAAGUUAGAAAAAUAUAAUUUUUGAAGGAGUAAGAAGUGGAUAAAGCGAUGAAAGCUUCACAAUUUAACUAUUAGAUGAAAAUGAAAUGAUAAUACACUUUCCAGACUGUUUUACAGCGUUUUCAAAAAAUUUAGAGGAUGAACUUCUUUUUUACAAAGCAGAAUUCUUUUUAGAUAAUAAAGCUGAAAGACUUUAAGACUAAGAUAUUAAAAUAGAAGGAUCCACUAUUAAAGAAUACCAGAAAGAAGGAUUCAAUUUCAACCAGCUUUUCUUAUAUGGAAUACCUAAUUACUAAUCUUUCAUGUUCUUAAAAACAAACUCAAUAUAUGCUGUUUAAAAUAACUUAGUUAAUACUUCUGAGCUUUAAAUAUUUUAACUGUAAUUAAAUUUUAGGGAAUGUUUACCUGGAGAAGUAAUAAAUUAAAUUUGUGUUGAUUGUCGUAUUUAUGAAUGUAAAUAAUGCUUAGAAGGAACAUAUUCAUUAGCAAAGCCAAAUAUAAACGAUGAGUAAAUGAAAUAAUGUAAGAAAUGCUCUAGUUAAAAUACCGAGAAUUGCCAACUUAAUUAAAUUAAGCUAAAGAAAGGUUUUUGGAGAGAAAGCCAAGACUCUGACAUUAUUGUAGAAUGCUCAAAUAAUCCCUAGAACUGUGCUGGGAAACCAGAAAAAGGAUAUUGCGUUGAAGGCUUAAUAGGUCCGCUGUGCGAGACAUGUGAUAUCAGAGGAGAAACUUGGGGAAUGCCUUAUGGCAAGUCAUAUUUUAAUUAGUACAAAUGUAGUCCAUGCAAAAAUUAAUCUUACUUAAUAUUCUAAAUAGCUUUUGCGAUUCUAUUUAUUAUUUAUACCACUUACACUAUUAUACAAGUGAUAAAUUAGUCUAAUUUAAGAAUUAUUUGCUACUUUAUUAGAAAAACUGGUUUACUCAAAUUGGGAAGAACUGCUAUAAUAGGUUAAAAUACCCUUUAUUUCAAGUUGCUUAUCCAUCAACUGCAGCUAUUAUUAAACCUAAAACCAUUUAAAUUAAAUAUAUAACCUCUAUUUAGCUACAGCGAAACUAUUAGUGUUCCAGUCAUUGCCAAUAUCGAUAGCAUAGAUUGCUUUUUAUAUGCUUUUAAUAAGCAUAUCCCUCAUUAUGUUAUUAAAUUUGGCUGGUGCUUAAUCUAUUUAAUUUUAAUUUUUAUAAUAUCUGUAGCAUUUUAUAGGCUAUUUGUAUUCUACUAAUGGAAAAAAUUUAUUCCAGGUUUAACAUUUUUAGUUUUAGUUUGGCCAGUAACAUUAAUAUGGAAACUUCAUUCAAAUAAAGAAAAACUAGAAAGUUCUUACUCCAUGAUUAAAAAACUUGGUUUUUUGUAUUUUGGAUAUAAACAAAAAUACUACUUUUGGGAAUUUGUAAAAAUGUAUCAAAGAAUUUUGAUCAUUUUUGUAGUGAACUACAAUGCUACUUCUGAAAGUAUUUUAGGACUUCUCAUUCUAUUGAUUACUUUUUCUUAUAGCACAUUAUUUAAUUACAUUGAACCAUAUAGAGAUAAUACUAUGAAUAAGAUUGAAAAAAUAUCUUCUACUUUAAUAUCUCUAAUCUUUUUAUUAGCUAACAUAGCAAAAAAUGUGAAUUCUGUUAAUUUAUAUAUAACAGUUUUAGUAAUGUACUCUUGCAUUAUUUUAUUAGUGCUUCAUCUGCUGGGUUCAAUAUUAAGUAACCUUUUUUCUUCUAACUCUAAUUAGAUUAUACAAAAUGGAUUUAUGAAACGUAAACAUCUAUAAAAUCAAAGCAUAAAAAAUAACCUCAAUGUUACGAACACUGUACAAAGUUUCUUCAAAAUCAAAUAGCCGUUUAAAAGCAAUGAUUAAGUAGACACUUAUAAAUAAUUAUAAAUAACAAAAAAGCAAGGAGAUGCAAUAAAAGAUUUGACUUCAUCUAUAGAAAAUGAUUUUGAUUUUAAUUUGCAAGUAAAGGAAUCUAAUUCAGCUGAAAUCAAAAAUAAAAAUAAUUAAUUAUGUAAUAGAGUUAUUGAUUCUAGGAUGGGUCCAAACUCAAAGCUAAAUAAGAAACCAAGUAUUCCUUAACUAUUUUUAGACUCAAGUUAAAUAUUUCAUCUGACUAAAGAAAUAACUUAGUUUAAUUCACAUAGAUUUACAGAAUCUUAAAACAUGAUUUGA